UAAAAGUCUAAAACACACGACGCGAACCUGGCGGCAGUUACGAGCAUCGCCCUUUAGCCAGUGUAGGCGUUAGGCGAUCGCAGUCUUUAGUCUCUUUACAUUCGUGGUCUGUGGUUGCAAUGACUUUCAAGGCUUUAUGCUUAGAGCUGUUGUUGGCAAGUGUUCUUGUUGAAGCUUUUAAAAGCGAACUUGCAAGUAAUUUCAGUCCAUAUUGUUCGUAUGUUGAUAAGACCCUUAAACACGUUAUCGGGAAGCUUAAGGAAUUCAUUAGAAAGUUACACAGGUUAAAGAGAAAACAAAAAGUUGGUUUUGAACCUUUAGGUAGUUCUGUUACUAACUGUGUAAGGUUACUUGAAGAAUUUGUGGGCAGCCUUAAGGAUGCAAACAUGACGGCAUUACCAAAUUUUUAUUACCAAAUCAUGCAACUUGUUGAAAACUAUGCAAAACUUCUAGUAUUUCAAUCUGAAUGUGGACAUUCAGCUUUGCAGGUGCUAGAUUAUGAGCACAAACUUUCUUGUUUUCUAAAUGGUUUAACCACAUGCAGUAUCAGAAUUCAAGUCGAUCAUUACCAACAUCACUCUCCAGUUAUUUUGGUAAAGUUGUGUACAAAUCCACUUUUUUCAGCCAGCCGACAUAUAUCUGGAAAGUGUGACAUCAUUGAAAAUAAGGAUUGUGUUAAUCUCGAAUCCGCCGUUGUUGUACCGGAAACCCCCCCAAGAUGCCCCCAUCAACCCGCCUGUGAUGGAAUGGCUACGGUACGCGGGAUAGGUUUACUUUCAUGGAGGCGCUUAUUUCCGAUGUUGGCACCUGUGCGUCCUGUACGGUUAAUGAGUGGGCGUUGGACCAUACUGCGAUCUACCAAUACCUCUGAAGACGAAUUACCUCAAAAAUCGAACGAAUAUACAGCAACAUUCCAGAACGAACUCCAGAAAAAGCUCUGUAGUUCGUUGUCUACAGACUGUGUGGAUGAAAGAAAAAUUGUGUCGAGAAAAUCGUUAUUUCCGAAACGGAAACUGCCAACUGUAUUUAUGGUCACCGAUUCGCUUUUUUCUACCCCUAAGAAACAAAAGACCAUUGAAAAUGUAGAUUGCGAGUUGACUAUGAGUAAAGAAUGGAUGUACAGCAUCUUGUAGAAAUUCCGGUUUUUAGUGGAGUGAGAGAGCUGAGUCUAAGCAUUGUCAUAGUUUUGUUUUGAUCAGGUGAAUUAGUUUCAACCAAGUAGCUGCUGUCAUUUUCUUGUUAAUGUAUCAUUGGAGCUGAAACAGUUAUAAUGUCUCAGACAUUGGUUACGAUUAUACGGGUCUGUCCAGUAUCCACCAGCAUGAUUUGAAACAAUUGAAAUCCUAAUCCAAAGAUUAAUAAUGUAAUCAUAGUUCCAAGAAGCACUGUUGUUUUUCGGAUUUCAGGUAGAUUAGGUGUUCAGCCGACUCUUUUUAUGCGAGUGAAGUUCUUUGCGACGUGUGAAAAGAUAACUUGGCCGUGGCUAUAUCGCCUAUAAGGCAUGUUUCCCGCAAUAAAAGAAAACAAAAUGGCA